UCCCGCCAGGUGCCCAGGGGUAGGCGGCCCGAGAGGGCGCCAGGGCGCGGGCAGCCUCCGCCUCCCUCCGCUCCCCAGGCACCAGUCCAUCCCACAGUCCGGAGCGCCCCCGAGAGCGCGGACGCCGGCGAGCCUCCCUGUGCGCCCCGGACCGCGCACCAAGACCCCCGGCGCCGAGAUGAACACGACCUUCCUGGACCACAGCGGCUUGGAGGAGGCGGGUGGCGUGGGGAACCGCAGCCACGGGCUGGACACGUGGCUGGGCUGCUGCCCGGGGGGCGCACCGCUGGCGGCCAGCGACGGGGUCCCCGCGGGGCUGGCGCCCGACGAACGCAGCCUGUGGGUGUCGCGCGUGGCGCAGAUCGCAGUGCUCUGCGUGCUGUCGCUCACCGUGGUCUUCGGCGUUUUCUUCCUGGGCUGCAACCUGCUCAUCAAGUCGGAGAGCAUGAUCGACUUUCUGGUGCAGGAGCGCCGGCCUUCCAGGGACGUGGGCGCCGCCCUGCUGGGGCUCUACUGAGCGCCGCCGGCCGCCCUCGCCAGCGCUGCUGCAAGAAGGAGAAGGCGGACCAGGACCCUCGUCACCCUCUCUGGGCUCUGCCACUGCCUCCGGGCGGGCAGCGCGAGGGCCAGCGACGUGCCUCGGGGGCGCUCGGGUCCGGGGACACCGCGGGACUCCCUACGGCGGCGCGGGAAGGGACUUGCACGCCCGCUCGGUGCUGUGUGCGCUUCAGCGUUGGGGGCUGGGAGAGGGGACGAGAGUUCUUAACGGUUUUUCAAAAAAAAGAAGUUCGGGGCAGGCUGGAAGUGGCUGUGGGAAGCAGUUUGGGGCUAGGGUCGCUCGCGUGGGAGCUUUGUGUGUUUGUUGGUGGGGGCGGGCUACGGGCAGGGUGGGGAGACUGGCUGAAGAACCCGAGUCGCGGAGCUUGUGAGCCUGAUCUUGCAUUUGAAAAGAAAUCUUGUAAUAAAACUGCAGCCGUCGGGAUU